AUGGCUGAGGCAGAACCAUUCUUAGAUGGCAAUCAGGAAUUAUUUCCCUGUGAAGUCUGUGGAAGACGCUUUGCAGCAGAUGUUCUGGAAAGGCAUGGACCAAUUUGUAGAAAACUCUUCAACAAAAAGCGUAAACCUUUCAAUUCUUUAAAACAAAGAUUACAGGGCACUGACAUUCCCACUGUGAGGAAGGCUCCUCAGUCCAAGCCUCAACCUGUGAGAAAAUCUAACUGGAGACAACAACAUGAAGACUUCAUUAAUGCAAUUCGAUCAGCAAAGCAGUGUACACUAGCCAUUAAAGAAGGCCGGCCUCUCCCACCUCCACCCCCUCCAUCCAUCAACCCAGAUUAUAUUCAAUGUCCAUAUUGUAUGAGGAAGUUUAAUGAAACCGCAGCCAGUCAACAUAUUAAUUUCUGCAAAGAUCAGUCUUCUCGCCGAGUCUUUGAUCCAGCCCAGACAGCAGCCAAAUUGGCAUCCAGAGUACAGGGUAGGGCCCAGAUGAGUCCAAAAAAAGAACCGACUGUAACCAGUGCCGUGGGAGCUCUGCUACAGAACAGGGCCCUGGAGGCCACCGCGGUCCCAACCAGGCCAGGAUUAGCAGUGGACCCUGCUUCUGGAGCAAAACUCAGACAAGGAUUUCCUAAAUCUUCUAAAAAAGAUUAACUCCUAGAGGCCAGGAGAAUACCAACCUACUCUCACUUGUGGUACAGCAAACACAACAUCUGCAAGUCUUAUGAUCUGUACUUUGGGAAACAAAUGUUAUGUUUUAUGCUCAGGUAAAUCAGGUAUGUGUUCUGGAACUGACUGAAG